AUGGCUGUUGAUGCAACCCGUAGCCCCUCCGGGGUAUCGAUCGAACAGGGUGUAAGUACCUCCAAUGCGGAUCGCACCCUGGAGGAUAUGGGAUACAAGCCUGAAUUGUCGCGCAAUCGAUCUAUUUGGCAAGUCACUUUCAUGUGCUUCAUUCUCUCCUCAGUGCCCUACGGCUUGUCAACCACCUUAUACUACCCACUCGCCGCAGGUGGGCCUGCCAAUGUGAUCUGGGGCUGGGUGAUCGUCUCAUUCCUGAUUCUCUGCGUGGCUAUCUCGUUGGCAGAAAUCACUUCGGUUUACCCAACGGCAGGUGGUGUCUACUAUCAGACAUUCGUCCUAUCACCGCUCUGGUGUCGUCGCGUCGCGUCUUGGAUCUGUGGUUGGGCGUACGUCGCGGGUAACAUCACCAUUACGCUGGCCGUCAACUUCGGAACUGCUCUACUCUUCGUCGCUUGUCUUAAUGUCUUUGAGAAGGCUCCUGGCGUCGGAAUUACCGAUGAUUUCCAGGCGUGGCAUAAUUUCCUCAUCUUUUUGGCCAUCACCUUCCUCACCCAUGCCAUCUCGGCGUUCGGUAAUAAAUGGCUACCGUGGUUGGAGACCUUCGCCAUCUUCUGGACGAUGGCCGGUCUCUUAGCCAUUGUUGUUUGUCUAUUGGCCGUCGCCAAGCAAGGCCGCCACAAUGCUUCCUGGGUCUUUGGCCAUUUUGAACCCAAUGCUGGGUGGCCUGCGGGGUGGUCAUUCUUCAUCGGUCUCCUGCAUGCCGCCUAUGCCACAUCGGCAACCGGCAUGAUCAUCUCACUUUGUGAGGAGGUCCGAGAGCCCGCUAUCAUGGUCCCCAAGGCCAUGGUCGGAACUAUCAUCAUCAACUUCAUCGCCGGUCUUUGCUUCUUGAUUCCCGUCUGCUUCGUUCUCCCUGAUUUGACCUACCUGAUCAAUUUGGCUUCGGGUCAGCCCACCCCUGCGAUCUUCAAGGCCGCCAUUGGAAACUCAGCGGGUACUUUCUGCCUGCUCAUUCCUCUGAUCGUGUUGGGUGUGAUCUGCGGUGUCGGAUGUGUGACCGCCACCUCCCGCUGUACUUGGGCCUUCGCCCGUGACGGUGGUAUUCCCGGUUCCGGCUGGUGGAGCCAGGUCAACAAGAGCCUUGAUAUCCCUUUCAAUGCUUUGCUUUUGAGCAUGAUUGUGGAAAUUGUUCUCGGCUGUAUCUACUUUGGCUCCACCGCUGCAUUCAAUGCCUUCUCCGGUGUUGGUGUUAUCUUCUUGACUACGAGCUAUGCUUGUCCGAUCGCCGUGUCCCUGAUCUUCCGUGGUCGAGAGGAUAUCAAGAACGGAAGCUUCAACUUUGGCGUUGUCGGCCUGGUCGCGAACGUCAUCGCUCUUGGCUGGAGUCUCCUCGCAAUUCCCCUUUUCUGCAUGCCAACCCUCAUGUCAGUUACCAAGGAGAGCAUGAACUAUGCCUCUGUAGUGUUUGCUGGCUUUAUCAUCAUUGCUGCCGUCUGGUAUGGUGUGUGGGGCUACCACAACUACCGCGGACCCCCAACUGACGCUGUCGAACGGGAUCUAACCCCUACCGAACCUUCUGCCUUUGCGGAAAUGCCCAAGAAGGAGUUGAGCCUUUAA